CAACGAGGGGCGCCGAUUGGCGUGUUCGGGGCUUGACAUCAUGUUUUAUGUGUAACCCCGCCCCCAGCUUUUAGUGUGUCAGUGCGAGCGGCGUGUGAGGAGCAGCGGCUGUGGGACCCGGGGCAGUGCCACCCUUCCAUCGGCUCAGCAGGAUGAAAAUGGAGCCCAUUCCGCCGGACAGUGACCUGUUUCUGACCCACCGUGAGGCUGAAGGCAGCAUAAGAAAGGGAUGUGACCCAUUCGCCCAGACACAGAGAAGCAAGCUGCAGCACCGCCGGGCCCGCAUCAACCAACAGAUCAACAAGGAGAUGAGGAUGAGAGCCGGGGCGGAGAAUCUCUUUCGUGCAACUACUAACCAUAAAGUGAGGGAGACGGUGGCCCUGGAGCUCAGCUACGUCAACUCCAACCUGCAGCUGCUGAAGGAAGAACUGGAGGAGCUGAACAGCUCAGUCGAAAUCUACCAGAACGAGAGUGAUGCCAUCAAUGUCCCCAUGAUACCGCUGGGACUGAAAGAAACUAAAGAACUGGAUCUGACUGAUGCUCUAAAAGACUUCAUCGUUCAUCACUACGGGGACGACGGAACCCUUUACGACAAGGAGAUCAGAGAAUUUAUGGAUCUACGGCAGGCCAUGAGAACCCCCAGCCGCAGUGAUGCCGGGAUCGAGCUCCUCAUGGAAUAUUAUAACCAGCUCUAUUUCCUCGAUAACAGAUUCUUCCCUCCCAACAAGCCCCUGGGGGUCUUUUUCCACUGGUACGACUCCCUGACCGGCGUCCCCUCCUGUCAGCGGGCUUUGGCAUUUGAAAAGGGGAGUGUGCUAUUUAACAUGGGGGCUCUGUACACUCAGAUUGGGGCUCGGCAGGAUCGCCUGUCUGUGGAAGGAGUAGAUACAGCCAUUGACGCUUUCCAAAAGGCCGCAGGCUGCUUCAGCUACCUGAAAGAGAACUUCUCCAAUGCCCCAAGCCUGGACAUGAGCACCGCGUCCCUCAGCAUGCUGGUGCGCCUCAUGGUGGCGCAGGUCCAGGAGUGCAUCUUUGAGAAGUUUGUGUUGCAGAACCCACGGAGCGAUUUCUUCACUCAGCUGCAGGCAGCGCAGGAGGCUGCACGGGUAGAGGAGGUCUAUACGCUAGUGUACAGGACAAUGACGCAGCCCCCAGUUAAAGACUACAUCCCCUUCUCCUGGAGCACCAUGGUCCAUGUUAAAGCGGAGCAUUUCAGAGCGCUGUCCCAUUACUAUGCAGCCUGUGCCCUGUGUGAUUAUUCCACUGCCUCUGAAGCUGAAGUGAAAACACAAGAGAAGGCGUUCUCCCAGUUCCAUGUUACUGCCCCAGAGGGACCCUCGGUCGGCUUUGUGCUGCAGGACCCCGAAGAACGGAGAAAACUCGGGAAGGCCCAUUUGAAGAAGGCAAUAAUGAAGCACGAGGAGGCGAUGAGGAUUCACGUGCUGAGCAAGAUCCUGCGCAAGAUGGACAUCCUACAGGAAGUGCUCACACUCACCCACAAGCAGUCACUCAGUAAAUACUCAGACAUCGAUCACGAGGAAGAUUUCUUUGAGACGGGAGAAGCCCCUGACAUUCAGCCAAUUACUUGUCAGAGGCCAGAAAUCAAAACCCCAGUGUUCUCCAAGGUGAAAGCGACGGACAUUUUCCAUCGGCUGGGUCCCCUGUCGGUUUUCUCAGCGAAGCACAAAUGGCGGCCCCCUCAGAAGGUUCACCUUGAGAAAGGGGAUGACGGCUUUGGCUUCACCCUGAGGGGGGAUGCGCCAGUGCUGGUUGCUGGAAUCGUGCCCGGGGGCUGUGCUGCGGAAGCCGGAGUAAUGGAGAAUUCCUACAUCGUGUCGGUGAGUGGGGCAGACUGCCGCUGGGCCAAGCACGCUCAGGUGGUGCAGCAGCUCAAGGACGCCGGGGAAGAUGGGGUGGAUAUCGAGGUGGUGGUGUUUCAGAACCCCGAGACACAGAUCAUGGUAGUGGACAAGCGAGCCUCUAUGCUAACAGCCUGCGAGCUUCUCCGGGGGAACAAGGAGAACAACAAGAAAUCCAUACUGGGCAGUAAGAGCGCCAGCGCCCUCCGUCUGUGGAGCAAGAGGAGCAAAUCCAGCAAGAGGAAUCUGAACAGCAACGUGGUCCAUCUGCCCUUCAGCGCCGUGCAGAACAGCGAAUCCAUGUACUGAGGGGUAAAUAGCUACUGACUGAGGCGGCCAAUAGCGUUAGAUUGAGUGCCCGCUGUUCUCUCAGUGCCCUAUGGGGGCUCUGUAUGUGCCCUGAUUCAGGCUUGGGGGUACUUUGCCUGGCUCUUACCCUCUGUAGCAGCGCCCAGUGUACUAACUGUGAGCUAAAGGCUUUGCCCAGUGUACCUUCCUGUGCCCAUCUACUGCCAAACCCGUGGGCUACAAACCUCUGUCUAUUGGCUGCAUCCUGCCAUACAUCAGCCAGGCCCCCCGUGGCACACACAUGCCCCCCCAGCCUCUCUAUUUACCCCACUGACUGUACUGCCUGCACUCCGGGGUCAGAUAUGCCAGAGAAGAGAACCUGCACCCAGUGGGGGGGUGAGUGCAGAACUGAGCAGGAAGGGGCACUUCUCCCAGACGGACAGAUGGGGGCACUACUGAGCUGACUAGGAUUAAGCGACGAGGAAAGUGACUGUUGGGGAGCGAUUGCUGGAAACCGAUUGGCUUCUUCAUCAGGAAGGUUCUAUGGCUGGUUCUUUGGUACAUUAUUUGUUUCCCCCUGGGUGUCAAUGUGACUCCUGUAUUUAUAAACCCAUUUCUAGCGGCUCUUAAAGGGGAAGUUCACCUCGACUUGUAUUGGUUGAAUUAUAAGUCCUGUGCGGAACAUUUAUGCAAUAUUCACCCUUUCUGUGUGACGUUUGUGGGGGCUCUGAUUUUGUUAGGCAAGAGAGGGGGCUCUGGCGCAACCACAUGGCUGGCUGUGCUGCCCCCCCCCCCCCCUACUAAGUGCCUGAAAGGAAUCGAUUCUGCGCUUGUCGUGUAAAAUGGCACCAAGGUGAAUAGCGCAGUCACAUGACCAUAUUCUCUGCAAAAGCGUCUCUACUGAAAGGUGAACUUCCCCUUUGAUUCUGAGCCUCUGUGUCCUGUGAUGUGAGCAGCGUUUCUGCCAAUUGUGACGUCACUUCUGCAGCCUGUGCGGGAGGGGGGAUACGGUAGCGACUUUCCUCUCGUCUUCUGUCUUUCAGUUUGGGUCCUGCCCCACACAGGGGCAAGCAGGAAAAUAGUAAAAAACUAAUAAAAACAUCAGCAUCAUAAAAGGUUUAAUUGAUCAAAUAUGUUACUGAUAUUAA